AUGACUGAGAAAUUGCUAGAUCAACCCAUGCGUUAUCCCCAGUAUGCUUGGCUCUCAAAGAGAGAAGCUACUUUUGAGCAGGGAUGGCCAGAACCUCUCUUAGGAAAAAUACCAGACCUAGCUCGAGCCGGGCUUUACUACAGGGGAGUGAAAGAUAAAGCUACCUGUUUUCAUUGUGGAAUGACUUUUAGUAAUUGGGAUCCCGAGGACGAUCCUUGUGUAGAACAUGCUUAUUGGAACCCCAGUUGUCCUUACAUCAAUCUGUAUAAGGGACGAGGAUGGGUGAUGAAUGUGUUCAUUGCGGGUUUAGAUCAGCAGGGAUAUAAACCUUUACCUGAGAUUAAACCUCUACUGAACCCAGAACCAGACGUCCAGGCUCGAGGAAAAUGGGACAACAUCCUGCUCUUAGCAGGACCCAGACAUCCCAAGUAUCGGGAAUUCAAAUGGAAAAUCAAAUAUGUCUUGGCUCACCAAAGAGAGGGACCUGAGAAGACUUUGUUUCAAGGGAAAUGGAUACAAAAAUCCGGAGAUUGUAUUAAAGAUUAUGGAGGGUGGAUGAAAACUAAAAUAGGAGCCAUCAUGGAUUUCUAUGAAAAUCAUCCAGGAUAUUCCCUGGACAAUGUGUGGUUGGAAAAAAGAGUGAAAAUCCCAUCUCUUCGAGGACCUAGAGUGAGGGUGAAAAUCAACCAACAUUAUCAGCAAUACAAAUGGGUCACCUGUACUCAAUAUUCUAUGAAAGAUGGGACACCUGUGAACAUGAUUAAAGACUCGGUGGAGAACAAAGGACUUUUGUUGACUCGAGUGAUUGAGGACCGAUCAUCAGACGAAGAAGAAGAAAUAGAAGUGUAA